AUGUCGAAGAAGUUGGAGAGGCCAGCAGAGAAGGACUCGACGACGGUUGCGGCACCAAUCAGCGUGGGGCCAAUGUCACCCGCGGUUGUCAGAGUAGAUGAAGUGGUCAGGGUAGAUGACGGCAACACUGGCGACGGGCUGGUGCUGGACGAAGACAAAGGGGGUGGACGGGUGGCUGCGACGGCUACGGGGGGCUGCACUGGGUGCCCUCCGUGGGCGAGCGCGCGGCGAUCAUUGGCGUCGUUGGCGACAAGACGAGUUGAGCACGUCGCCGGCGAGUUGGUUGGCCCGCACACAUCAAGGCUAUACACCACACAGGAGGCAGCAACAUCACCCAUGCCAUGCAGAUACGCGAAGCAGCAGCAGGACGCGUCAGGCCAGAGGCACGGACGCAACACAGAGAGGAGGAAGAGACAGCUGCCGCACAGUAUUUCGCGAAGGCGUGCUCUGCGGGAGCUCUGGAGUCUGGACUCCAGUGUGUGCUCCUGCUUGGACGCAAGCGGUGACCGCGCCGACCGCGCCGACGCAUUGUUGGCCACAGCGAUGGAGAUCUUUGCCUGGGUCAAGCGUGUGGCCUCCGCCGGAGCUGCCUGCGGGCGGUGCAGAUAA